UUUACCCGCCCGACAAUGCCCCUCUGUCUUUCUCGUCCAAAGUGUGCUAUAUAAAGUACCGAGACUCUUCCAGUGUUGGUGUGGCGCAACAUCUCACCAACACUGUUUUUAUUGACAGAGCUUUGAUAGUAGUGCCAUGUGCGGAAGGUGAGUGCAGCCCGUUUCGUUCAAAGACAUUAAAAAAAAUGUCUUGAGUUGUCUCGGUGGACUUUGCUAUGGCCUCUUCCUCCCCCUGAAUUCAGACGUUUGGUGUUUUGGUUGAAUUCCUCUUUUCUUUUUUUAAAAAUUCAGAUGGAAAUUGGCAUGUUGUGCAAACGGCUAGCCCUGUAUUAGACGCAGGUGACCGGUUGUAUCACCCCCACUAAAUCCGUAGAUAGCUGAUGUGUUAAAGCUCCCAGCCAAGGUUUGUGACCGGUGUCCCAAGGUGGUUUCUGCAGAAAACAUUAGAGCCAUGUUGAAUGUUUCUGAAGCUGCAAGACACUGCAUGAUUUAACCUCACUGUAAAGACUGGAUUCUCUGGAACAAGUAGCUUGUGCUUUUUUUAUUAAAUCAUUAAAAAAAAAAUAAAUGCCAUAAAUGUUACUUGUUUUAUGGGAAUUUAAAAAAAAAGUCCAUGGCAACUCAGCUAACGUAAUCCCCUUUCUCUCUCUUUCUUUUUUUUAUUUUUUUUUGGUGCUCCUUUUUUUUAAAUUUCCCUUACCCCCACCCUCCCCACCCCUCCACCCCCUUUUUUUUCUGGUGCCACUGUUGUUCCCAUGUGUACAGUCAAAAAUGAUAUCACCUCUAACUUGAUGCUUUUUGUCCACGUGACUUGGUGCUGGAUGGCUACUGAGUUUAUUAAUUUGGUUUUGUAUGUUUUUUCUGUGUGAUUAUGUGUGCAUAUCAGAUGACUAGACUGGCCCAGCUGUUACACUACACUAGCCUGAGUCAGGCAUUGUUUUCCAAGCCACUAUCCCCGAUCGGGCCAACGCAGCCUUCAAGGGGGAAUGUGACCAGGAGAAUAGCCCGCUGAACCUUCCAAGAUGGACACCUUGUCUCUUUUUAUUUAUUUUUCUUUUCUUUUGGUUUGUUUCCUUUCAUACUUUCCCAUGUUGUCCACUCUCUACUGUCUCUAUCCAGAAACUACAGUAUUGCUUAUCUCUAGCGUUGUGUUUAUAUUUGUUAUUUUGGUUUGUUGUUUUGAUUAUUGUCCAACCCCCACCCCCCUCUCUCUUUCUGCUACAGCUGCAGCUUGUGUGUGAUUGAAUUCUGUCCAGGUUGCUACGGCAUACCGGUGGGAUGUGUAUCACACAUGGGGUCCUAGGAGGAUCACUAACCCUUUACUCUCUUGUCUCCUACUUCUGUUGAUGUAGUGAGGGGUUAGACGUUAUAAAAGUGAGACGCAGUGAUUAAAACUUUACCUCAUUUGAAGCCAGAAUCUUUUAAAUUCUAUGUGCACUUUAGUUUCAGUUGAGUUUCCUCUCACUUUACUACACUACAGCUCUGAUGUGGAUGUUUAGUAUUUAAUAAUAACACAGGAAUGAUUCAUGUAACAUCAUUUUCUCUUUGAACUUGGAAAUUCGUGACACAUGCAUUGAUGUUUUGCGGCGUUUUGAAAUAUUUCUUAGCACUAGAAGUGUUAGGAAUCAGUGUCGUAUUACAAAUAUGGUCAUUCAUGCUCAGUGCCUCCAGCUACAAUGAUCUGAAUUUGUAGUAAUUUUGUCUCCUGUUAGUCUUACCUUAGCUCUCUUCUCCAGCAGAUUUUUAUCCAGAAUCGAAUGAGCAAAAUUCCUAAAUUGGUUGUUUUGUUUUUUUUUAUAGCUAAGUCUUGGCUAACAUUUCCUACAGUUCUUAAAAUUGUUGUUCUUUUCUGUAUCUGAUGUUCUGUGUGCUAUUAGUGAUGCAGCCAUUGGGGUUGUCUUGUGUUGCACACCUUUCCAACACUGCGAAACGAUCGCCCCACGGAAAAGCGCCCAUGCUUGAUAUCGUAUGGUUCAUGACCAAUAUGUUUCCAGUACAGGGAAAAUCCCAGAGGAGGCCAAGGCCUUGUCACUUUUGGCACCUGCCACUCCACUACCCAGUCUGAUUCCUGGCGGAGGACUGCUACCAAUUCCUGCUCCAUCUCCACUUCAGAAUCUGAACCUUCCGUUAGUGAACCGGGUCUCAGCCGGUCUCGACCCCACGGCAUCAGUGCUCUCCCAGCCCCCGCUCAUGGGAAACGUGGAUCCGUCAAAAAUCGAUGAAAUCAGGAGGACCGUCUACGUCGGCAACUUAAACUCACAGACCACCACUGCAGAGCAGCUGCUGGAGUUCUUCAAGCAGGUGGGAGACGUGAAGUUCGUGCGGAUGGCUGGAGACGAGACGCAGCCGACACGCUUCGCCUUUGUGGAGUUCGUUGAGCAGGAGUCUGUUGCCAGAGCCCUGACCUUCAAUGGAGUCAUGUUUGGGGACAGACCUUUAAAGGUUAAUCAUUCCAAUAAUGCCAUAGUAAAACCCCCGGAGCUGACGCCACAAGCUGCUGCUAAGGAGCUAGAAAGUGUGAUGAAGAGGGUGAGGGAGGCCCAGUCCACCAUUGCUGCUGCCAUAGAACCAGAGACAAAGAGGCGAUCCUCCAGUCGGUCUAGACGGUCACGCCGAUCACGCUCGCGGUCACGAUCCCAUUCACACUCAAGAACGCGAAGGAAAAGGUCCCGGUCGAGACACAGACCCUCACAGAAGUUGUGGCCCAGGAGCAACUCCCACGGUUCCCGAACCAGCCACAGGAGGCGGUCCCGCUCCAGAGACAGGAGACACAGUCGGAGUCGCUCGAGGGGCCACAAGAGGAGGAGUAAGGAUCGAUCCAAGAGCCCUCGGAGGAAAGCCAAAUCACCCACUCCGAAAAGGGGUAAGAAAGACAAGAGGAGGGAGCGCAGCAGGGACCGAAAGGAGCGCUCCACAUCCAGGAAGAGGAGCCGCAAAGACGAGGACAGGAUAAAGAGCAAGGCCAAGCCAGUGAAGGUGGAAAGGGGCUACGACAGGGAGGAAAAGGAAGUCUACGAAAGUGACAGGGAAGACUCAGCCACGCCCAGCGAGGACAUGACGCCAUCGCCCUGCGUCCAGCACAACGGCAGCUACAAGACUCACAACGAGGAGGCCAAGUGACUGUUACAGCGUCAUGGUAACGAAUCCCGCUCUGUCGGAUGGUCUCAUCAGCAUCCAUCCCGUGUGUAUACAUACAUGAACACUGGAUAACCACUUACAGCAGUGUGGGGUUUUUUUCCCCAUCAUCAUCAUCAUCAUCAUCACUUCCUGUUGUACAUGUUUUUUUUAUUUCCUUUUGAUAAAAUGCGUUCUUGGUAACACACGGAUCCUGUAGCUCGGCUCCUUUUCAGUGUCCCACCUAAAGGGCAAGUGAGCGCUCAGUAUAGCAGAGACAGCCCCAGAGACAGCAGGUCAGUUGAAGACACUGGGGACUUUUCAUGUAACACAGCAAUACAACACAGAAUCCCACAGGCUCAGAAACCACUGCACAGUGGAGCCGGCACCUCGGCAGAAACUGUAAUCGUCCGAAAGUCAGAAGAAGGCAGAUGAACUGGUUUGCAUGAUACUGUCCAUAUUCUACUGUGUCCUCCACCAGUUCAUGUUCCCUGCAGGAAGAAUUCAAGCCCGUGAAUUGUUUCCAUGUAGAUGCUAAAGCUCCAGGCGCCUGGAUCAUUAUUUUAAACAAAAGAAAAGUAAUGGAGGAAGCAAGCAGAAGGUUCCAGAGGAAGAAGGGAGUCAAAGAACUGGGUUUUAGCUUCCGAUUUGUCCAUGUGAUGGAUAUUUUAACAAGACCAACAUGUUUCUCUCCAUUCCUCCAGCGACAGUUUGACCGUACGCUUCAAUAAUCCAAAAAGCAUUUUAAGCCUCUAAGAUUGUAAUUAUUUGUCAUAUUGUAGUAUUCGUGACAUUUUCUUAAAAAAAAAGUUUUUGUCCUUAUAUUGCAAAUAGCAAUAUGCUGCAAGCAUCUGCACCGACGGUAAAAUGUUUGUGUCUUAAACGAUGUCGUAUUUAUUUGAAAUCAGAGCUGCAGCGCUGUUCAGCAGUAGAGACAUUUGUGGAAAAAUAGGUUUCCAAAAUGAGUCAGAGGUAUCGGACAUUUCCUUUCAUUUGAAAGGAAAUGUCCUACUUCCUGUCUUUGGCCAGGAAGUCGGACAUUUCCUUUCAACUGUCACUUAUUUCAUGAGGUGCAAAAUAAAUUUCCCUCUCGCCGCCUGAGUUCUUUUCGGGUGUGAGUGUUCUCAUUCUGCCGCUGUGGCCUUGGUGCGGUCGUGACAGCAACUUCCCAUAUUCUGUUUGCUUAUUUACGGAGUGAGACCGAGUGUUACAUGUUUGGCGCACGUUUCUUCAUCAGAGAACCUAAGAAGUGUGAAGAACAUGAGGAUCUGUCUGUAAAGCCUCAGUGCUGAAAUGCUAAUUUGCUCUUUGGGUGGUGAUGAAGGUAAAUGUAAACUACAAGCAAAAUGUACGGUGUUGAUUUUAUGACUUGAAGUGCUGUAAUAAUGGGAAUGCAGAGUGUACUCUUGUGAGCCUGUCUCUAAAAUGUUAUCGUAAAAAUGUUUCAUUUGGUCAACGUGAAUGCAUUGCUUUAUUUCCUGUUUUUAUUUUAUUGGUGUACAUGUACUUGCUUUUUUAUAUAUAUACAUAUAUAUACGUAUAUUUUCUGAUUAACUAGUUGUUGCUACAAGAUGCCGCAAUGCAUCAUGUUCCUUUUUCCUGUUUUUGUUGUGAUGCUGUGAGAGAAAACUAAUUUCAGGCCUAUACUGUAAAGCGGUGGUGGUGGUGUGCAGAAAGUCUGCUGGCUCAUAUUUCUGGAGAAAGUUAGAUGCUUACAAAGUUCACAGUGACAGUCAACGCGGGGCUGAACGAGGUAUGUCGCAGCUCAACAUACCGCCUGCAAGCACAGAAGGGUCAAAAAGUGCCUACACGUAGAUUGUACAGAAUAUUCUAAUAAAAUAUGGAGACUUAUUGACAGAUGCAACCAGAGUUUAUAGCUACGGAUGUUGAAUUGCUGAAAGGGAGAUGUUCUAUCAAAGUAUUGUCAGCUGUCUUUAGUAAUUAAUAACAGAAUAGGCUGAACCUUCACGGGACGUUUGUGGAUUUGUUUUAACAUUUAUUUCUGUUUUUGUUUUUUUUUGUUUUUUUUGGUGUCGAGUAAUGUGUCAAAAAGUCUGAUUUGUAAACUGGCCCCAGACUGAGAUUAGUUUCAAUGAAAGCUUGUUAUAGUUUAAAAGUUUUACUUUUAAAAGGCAGCUCUAAAACUGCCUUCGCCAAAUUCCACUUCUUUACUGCUUUUACAAAUCUGAUUUUACUGUUUGUUUGUUUUUUGUUUUUUUGUUCAAACAAGGCUUCGGUUUGAAGUGGUGAACUUGUGAUAAAGUUUAGUAAAACACAUUUCCAACACAACUGACAGUAUGUGAAGAAUUUUAUUUUUUAUAUGUGUGUAUCCACUACAUAAACUGAAGAAACAUGGUUCAUGAUGUUCUCCUGGGGGACUGGGGCACUUGGUGUAAAGAUUUGGUAACACUGUUGUUGAAGAGCUUGGAUGUAUGGAUCUGAUCCUGAACAAUUUGUCUGAUCUGUUUCCAAAAACACUCAAUAAAGAGACUUUUCAUUCA